AUGCUUAAGCUGAUCGCUACUGAUUUCCAGUCCCUUGUGAAAUUAUACGAGAGGACACACGAGUUUCCUGGAAUGUUGGGAAGCAUAAUCUGUAUGAACUGGGAGUGGGAGAAUUACCCGACCGUGUGUAGAGGACAAUUCACCAAUGGAUACAAGGGCACGCACUCGACGAUGACCCUUGAAGCCAUCACUAACCAACGACUCUGGAUUUGGCAUGCUUGCUUCGUUGUGGCCUGGUCGAACAACGACAUUGACAUCCUGAACACAUCACACUCUUCACCAACCAAUGCAAUGGAAAUGGCUAGGCCAUCGAGUUCACUGCCAACGGACGCUGGCAUCAUAUGGGGCACGACUUGGUCGAUGACAUAUACUCGAGGUGGCCUGUUUUUUGAAGAUGAUCACCACCCCAACGGGUCUGCGAGCUUUUUUUUUGCUCAACGGCAGGAGGUUGUGCAGAAGGAUGUGAAUCGUCCGACAAAUUUUUGGUACAAGGCUGUCAUCGUCGAUGUCAUGUACACAAGCAUAAUCUUGCAUAAUAUGAUAGUCAAUGAUGAAGGUGCAAGAGUCACCGAGUGGGAUGAUGAGGAAGCUAGACCUAGCCCCGGUGUGGUGACCCCGCCUCACGUUCGAGGUUUACCGAUGGACAACAAUGAGGUUCUAGCGGCAUAUCACAAUGCGCAACCAGCAAUACAAUGCUUGCCUAAUGUUCGAUAUGGUUGA